AUGAGUGCUCCACCAACAAUACCUCCACGCCCAGCGCGGGCCCAGAACAGCUCUUCUCCUGCGCAGGGUACCCAUAUGGAUGUCCCCAAGAUUCCUCCACGCCCGAAGCGCGGUGUCGAACGCUCCGUCUCUCCCGCGGGAGACAGAUACGCCCGCUCCCCGCUCAACGACCCGACCUACGUACAUGGUGGACCGCCUAGAGAGGGCGGUCGCCUUAGCACCGAUCUGCCCUCCCGCCCACCGAGCGUGUCCAUGCCCUCCCUCGGAGAAGAAGGCAAUGAAUACGCCAGCUUCGAGGAUCUGUCAAAGACUCUCACACCGGAGAACCAGGGCGGCUCUCCACAACAUAUGAAGAACGUGGCAGGAGACUUGCCUCUGCAUGCUCCUACAGCCUCGGUCCCAAGCUCGACUGCCAAAAGUAGGAUCCAGGCGGUGACGCGGACCGAUUCACAGACAGCGCUCGCUGCUGGCGUCGGCUCGCAGCUGUCCGUCGACGAUAGGGUCUCUCAGGCCAAGACUGGACGUUCAGGAUCUUCCGCUGGAUCGCGCCCCAGCUCGCUCUACAAUGACAAGGACGAACAUGGCAUUCCUGAAAUUGGUGUUCAAGUACCCAUGUUCCGAAAUGCUGGAGACGUUCAAGCACCCAGCCCUUCGCCCUAUGCGCAACAGCCCGGAGCUCAAGGAAUAGGUUUCCACCAGAAGGCCGGUGGUCGCCAUCACGGGCGCACCAAGAGUGGCCGUGAAAUCUUCCAUGGCCCUCCUGGCAGCUACGGCAUGCACGGCCACGGCAAGAUCUCAACAGACGACUUUGAGCAAAAGUGGUACGAAAAGCACCCGGACGAUCUGAAGCGCGAGAAGGCCGGCGAGUACGGGCCUCACAUCCAGGAGAACAGGAAGGAUUACCACUGGCGUGCCGAUAACCUCGACAAGCUGGUACACACUAGGGCUCAGGAUGUUGGAAUGGGCACGAGUCGGGAUGCAGUCAGUACACCUGACGAACAGAUUGGCUACAGGGCCACAGAGGAAUAUGCUUCGCGCAUGGCCUCUCCUCGACCACAAUCAUCGGGUCGCCCUGCUUCGAUCAAGGGCGGCUACGUCGACUCACCCCUACGUAACGAAGCUGGCCAAGAGGUCAAUGACAAAGGCGAGGUCAUCCACAUCGACCCUCCUGCGCAUCGCUCCAGCAAGGUUCACGGCGGAGGCUACGACCCACCAACCGAAGACCUUGGCCCGGAGGGCGGAAACACAGCUGAGAAAGGUGGAUGGGUUACUGAGCGCGGAUAUGGCACGCCCAUUCUAGCUUCCGAUGAGCUGAAGAAACACCCAGACGCCGAAUGGAGACAGCCUGCUGUAUCGCCUGAAAUGGAGCGCCAUGGCAACGAAUACACGCUCAAUGAAGAUGGCAAUCCGCAAUAUGUCACAAAGCCGCGCACGCACAGCAGGAGCUCGAGUCGUAACAACAGCACGCAGCAGCAACGUGUUAUUCCCAGCCCAGCACAAUACGAUCGUGGCAGUACUCCACUAGAGUCGCACAAGGAGUAUGAGCCCCUGUUUCCGGAGGAUGAGGAGGACACCAAGAAGCCCAAAUCUCAGGUCGACAAGCUCAAGCGUCCCAGUGUCGCCCGACACCACUUCCCUAGUCAAGAUGUCUGGGAGGAUACCCCUGGCAGCUUACAGCUCGAAACUACUGUGGAUACUCCUCAAGAGCCAGAAGAGCCAAAGACUGCUGGUGGUAACGAUAGCGUGAGUCCUGCGAAGGUCUUUGAAGACCCGAACACCGAGGAGCAGCGUAAGACUCAGAUCAACAAGGAAGACCAGAAGUCUUUCCUCCCCGACCACACUAGACAGUUCGCCGCAGACAACAAGAUCCUCGGAAAAGUACGUGACGAGACCAUGGGCCGCCCUGGAAUGCAGCAACGCUUCCCAAGUCAAGAUAUUUGGGAGGAUGCGCCAUCCCACGGAUUAUACGAGACUACUGUUAGCACACCUCAGAUGGAGGAUACGAAUGAGUAUGCCGACGACUCCCCAAUCGACCAAAAGCCCCCGGUGCCGGCUCGCCCCAGUAUUCCAGCACGACCAGCCAAGAGGGAACCAUCUGCCGAUGACAAGAAAGCACCCAUUAUCCCAGACCGACCGAAGCCACAGAUACCUGCACGCCCAAGCAAGCCAUCUACUGGCUCUGCGGAGAAGGUUCCAACUGUCGACUCGCAGACUGGCGAGAACGACUCUCCCCAGACGAAGGCGAAACCGCCCGUUCCCGCCCGACCUGCUGGCUCGAAGAUUGCGGCCCUCCAGGCUGGUUUCCUGAAAGACCUCAACAGCAAACUUGGAGUUGGCCCUCAUCCACCGCCUAAGGUCCGUGAACCCGAGGAAGAAGAAGAGGCGCAAAGAGAAACAGCACCACUUCCAGAUGCUCGCAAGGGUAGGGCCAAGGGUCCGCAACGGAGGAAGCCUGCUGCAUCUCCGUCACCCGCUGCUGCCGCUACUGUUACUGCUGAAGUUGCUGUACCAAGGCAGUCGUUGAGCUUCGGUCCUGUGACACAUGUCUGGAGUUUUGGACAGGAUGGUAAUCUCGAGGUGCCUGCUGCGAAGAUGGCAGCCCAGAUUCAGCAGUCACUCAGUGCUUCGAUCAAGCCAGCCGAACCUACUCUCACUGAGGGUGAAGCGGAUCGGAAUGUUGCAGCAGAGCCAAAAGAGCCCGAGCUUGCACCGACUACGUCAAAGGAGGGGAGUGAACCUGCUUCCGCGACCGAAGCGGGUAAGGACAAAGUCCCAUCGACUCUCGAGCAGGCCACUUCUCAAGUGUCGGAAGCGUUUGGAUCCGUCGCUUCCAAGGUAUCAGCCGCCCUCUCGCCAGAAGAACCCUUGGUCUCCAAGACUGCACCCGGCUCUACCGAUGCGCCUGGUGCCUUCCCUGGUUCUGGUCCGGACCUAGACAACGACGCUGAUGUGAAGGGUGCACCUUUAGAACAAAAGCAAUCUCAGGACAAGCCCGUCGGUGUUUCCACUGAAGAGAAGAAGGUUGAUGAAUCUACCUCGCUGAAGGAGGCGGUCAGGAACGUCGUCCAAGCUUCAAGACAAGCUAUCUAUGGCUCGCAGACCAUCAUCAAACACUCAUUCACUCAAACUACCAUCUCUUCCGUCCGCUCUCCAGAUAUGACAGAGCCUCACUUAACGUCCUCCUGCAAGCCUGCGAACGACCCUGGGCGCCUAAAGAGGAAGCGGCCACACGACGACCAACAUGGCACAACAGCAGCCACUGACAAGCGUACCAAUACUUUGCAUUUCAAAGAUUUCAACCUCCCCAUCAAGGAUCUAUCAAGACAUACGAGUGGCAGGCUCUGUACAUCUCCCCACGACGACAGAGCACACGAUGCGUUCAAGACAAAGAUCCUGGAAGAAGACAUACAACUCGAAGCGGAGGUAGACAAAUGGCUGGAGCAGGUCACCCCACGUCUGGAGGCCGGCGAGCAGAUACCCAUUGGGAGCCUUGGCAACACGAAAUGGCACGUAGCCUGCCGCGAGUAUUGGGAGCAAUACAUUGGCCCGGACCACUGCUGGAUUAAUCCCGAGGAUGAACGAAUGCUCGUAUUCCAGAAAAAAGCACCGGGUGUGAAGACCACAAAGCAGCAAAUGGUGGUGGAUCAAUUCUGGAUGAAGCAAAGCGCCUCACCUGGUAUAGCUACGAGUUAUCCCUUUGAGAGACCAGAAUAUGCAAGCUUAGACCCCGUGAUCGUGAGCCUAAGGUACACUGGGAGCGAUCUGAAAAUAUGGUUCUUGGGUAAUGGGUAUGCGAGGAUGGAAUGGAAUACUACAUUCCUCAUGGGCCAGGUGGGAAGGCUGAUGAAACCGGGAAGGCUAAUGAUGUCCUGUAUACAAGAGGACACCGAUGAACAUGACUCGGGAAGCGACGCCACUGAAGAAUCAGACUCUGAAGAAGAUGAAGAAGACGACGAAGAAGAAGACGAAGAACACACCGGCAGCGAAGAAGAAUGGAGUCAUGAAAGCGACGACCUGUAUUGCAGAAACUACAGCAACGGCAGCGAAUGCGGAUGCGAAAGAUGCCUUCGUACAUGGGACGAUAUGUCUGAGAGCGAUUUAUACGACGAUCGCCCUGAACCACCGGGGAUGACUCAGGCCAGGAUAGACUACGAAUUCCAGAGGUUCAUGAACCAACGGGAACCGGCACCAUGGGAUAAGUAUGCGUGA